AUGUGGAAGUGGUGGCAGUUCUACUGCGCCUUGCUGCAUAUAUCCGUAUUGGCAUCGGAUAGAAAGACCGUUCUUGAUACGCCCUUUAACAUCAUGCUCCACCGUGCCAUUCGAGAAUGGACUUUCAAUGCUUUUGGUAAGACAGGAAUAGAGGAAAGGUAUCUGCAACCAGCAAGAAACGCAAAUAAAACGCAAGAAAUUAUUCCCGACAAUGUUCCGUUCCCUUGUAAUGUGACAGGUGGCCGAUCGUCAAAAGUGCCAGAGUCGGUGCAUAAACUAAGACCGGGUGAUAUCGAUGUCAUUGCCACGAUGGGCGAUUCUCUUAUGGCUGGAGCUGGAAUCUUUGCAGACAAUCUGUUCCAGAUUCUCAUAGAAAAUAGAGGAGUUACCGUGACUGGCGGAGGCCAAGGCACGUGGAGACAAUAUCUAACUCUUCCCAAUAUCAUUAAAGAAUUCAACCCCAAUUUGAUAGGAUAUGCAUUGGGAGACUCUUUGACGACUGACAAGGCAUCGCAAUUGAAUGUUGCCGAAAGUGGAGCUAUGUCCGCGGAUAUGGUUUACAUGGCGGAUAUGUUAGUCAAGAAAAUUAAAAAUGAUCCAAGGAUAGAUCUGCAGAAAGAUUGGAAGUUCAUCUCUCUGAUGAUCGGAAGCAAUGACUUUUGCAGUAAAAUAUGUUGGAUUCCUGCAUCGCCUUGGUCAGUUCUUGAAACACAUAAAACUGAUCUACUCCAAGCUUUGCGGACGUUAAGAGAUAAUUUGCCGCGAACCUUCGUGGCAUUGCUUCCACCACCACAUUUAAAGGCUAUGGUUGAGAUACGUGAAGAAAAACCAUCGCUUAAUUGUUUCCUCGGAACGAAGUUCGUGUGUUCUUGCAUGUUUGGUCUCACAUCUUGGCGUUUUAGAUCUAUGUAUUACGACAUUAUACAACAGUGGCAGAAGUUAGAUAUGGAAAUCGCAACUUAUUCAGAAUUCCAAAGAGAUGACUUUACAGUCGUAACUCAGCCUAUCCUGGUGAAUUUCAGUAUUCCAUUUGCUUCAAAUGGGUAUACCGAUAUGACAUAUUUAAGUAGCGAUUGUCUUCACGUUAGUCAAAAGACCAACGCUUUUUUAGCAAACAGUUUAUGGAACAACUUAUUUGAACCGGUAGGUGCCAAAUCGACAAAAUGGAACAAUAAUAAAUUUCGCUGCCCGACGCAAGAGAAGCCUUAUCUGACUACAAUGUUAAAUUCGAAGCAACAAAGUGUUACUGAAACUGCCGCUACGAUUCGAACGAGAAAUAUUGGCACUUAA